AAUUGGAUCAAUAUAGACUAAAAAUAAACUCGUUAUCAUCUGAUAUCACUAAUGUAUUAAUUAUUAAUUUCACUUUGUUUGUUAUGAAAACGCGCGGAAACUUUAGUUAUAAUUGCGUUUACAUUUUUUUCCUUUUUCUCUCGUUUGUAUGAUAAAUUUAAAAUAAUGUAUUCUACACCACAACAUAUUAGUUUUUUAAAAGGACAAACCAUAGACUCUGUUAUUAAGGAAAAACAGAAUAUUUCGCAACUUAUUGAAAUUCCUAUUACUGCUACUAUUGAAGAAGCUUUUGAUGUUUUAUUGGCGGAAAAUAUUUUAAGUGUCCCUGUUUAUAGACUUUGGAGAGGUCACAAGCAACCUAUUGCUAUUGUUAAUGUAGUCGAUUUAGUUGCUUUUGUUUGUUUACAGCCAAUUUUCAAUAAUGGAAAUGGUUGCGAAUCAUCAAAUUUUAAUAGUAAAUCAAUUUUUUUACAAAAUUCCAUUGGUGAAUUAAUCGGGUUAUCAGCCGAAAGUACACAUCUUACAAUAUGUCAUCCAGAUGAUUUAUUAAUUGAUACAUUGGAAUUAUUUACUCGAAAACAAGUUCAUAGAGUUUUAGUAACUGAACGAAGACCAGUUGAAGAUCAAGACGGAGAAGAAGUUAUUAACGAAGAUGAAGUUAAACCUUGUUUUGUAUCACAAACUGAUAUUGUAAGAUUUUUAUUCCAACAUAAUCAUCAAUUAGGUAAAAUUUUGGAUACUUCUGCAUCCGAAGUAUCUAAUAGAACGAUUCGUUUAAUUGGAAGAAAUAAUUUAUUGGGACAACCCUCUUCUAUUACAAUUCAUGAUCAAGCUUUAACAGCCUUUAAAAAAAUUCAUCAAGAUGGAGUUAGUGCUGUUGCCGUUGUUGGAGAUGAUGGAACAUUAGUCGGAGAAGUUAGCGCUGCAGACUUAAGAGGGUUGAAUAGAGAAAGGUUAUCUGAUUUAACAAAACCCGUAAUUAUGUUUUUAAAGAGUUCUAAAGGAGAUUUAACCAAACCUUUAACUUGUCAUGGUAAAUUUACCCUCAGUCAAGUUAUGGCAGGAAUUAUCCGCAGCAAAGCUCAUAGAGUUUGGGUUGUUGAUGAAGAUGAUGUCCCUAUUGGUGUUAUUACUCUUAGUGAUAUUCUUUCGAUGUUUUUACCUGAUGUUAAUGGACAAUAAUAAUAUUAUUAUUGCUUAAUAUUUAAUUUCAUUAUCAUUUCUUGUAUGAUUCUUAUGAUUUUCUUACAAUUUCCACAUUAAACCUGUACGUGUAUAUAGUCGAACAAUAGUUUUAUUAUUUUAUUUAUAUUAU